AUGCCGAAGCGCAAGAGAGCCGUCGUCACCCAGCCCCAACCUCCGCAAAUGCAAAAGCUUAGUUCAAUUUCAAGCACAGAUUUGGGUUUUCGUAGAGAAAAAUAUGUUUACAGAGAACGGUACGAAGAGGACGUUUGGACAGAGAUCGCCAAGUAUCUAGACGGAAAGGCACUGGUGAUGCUCGCAACGACAUGUCGUUGGUUCCACGGUCUGAUUAUGGAAGGGAGCAUAUGGAAGUACGCGUGCCUGCGUGAUCUUCAGGUCCCUGCUCCUCUCCACGUGGCAUUCAAUUGGAGGAAGCUCUACGUUUCAGCCUUCGAUGGAAGCCAUUCUUACAUGUUCCGCCAGAAGGAGAAGCAUAUUGACUGGAUGCGGAUUGGUGCAUUUUCCGUUGAAUCUUCAGAAGCACUCUUGACAGAAAGGCUGAGAAACCCAACGAAACUCCCAGAAGAAGAUACCAUGCAGAAAAUGUUGGAGGCCUGCGGCUAUUGUGUGCUGGAUAACGUUAAAGCUGGGAUAUGGAUAGCUGAUCUCCAACUUGUUCGAUGCCCCGUCUGCGAGCUCAAUACAUGUGAUGGAACAAUGCAGACACUGGAUGCAAGGCAUAUAGAAUUGUUCUUGCGCGAGGGGUACCAGGAUGGAAGCUGGGAAUACGAACUUAUCGGUUCCCAUGAUGUCAAAAAGCAUGUCGAUGGUGCUUCGGGGGCUAUUUUCGAUCUCAAACAUCUCAAUGACUCUCCAACAUCUGCAGUCUUUAAUCUCAAGUCAUGGGUUGGUAAACCGAACGACUGGCAACCAAAGGCUAUCAUUACUCUACAUUCAGUUGCAGUCAACACCAACUUACAGAAAAAUGAAGGACUUCAAGUCAAAUACCAAGUCAUGAGAGCUGGAGCUGGAGGUGAAGUUGUAUCUAUUAGAAUCUCUCAGCAGCUCCUGUAAAGUCCCAUCCCUCUGGUCUUAGCCAAAAGUGAAAACAUUCCCUUCUGAUAAACUGAUACCCAUAAAAAAAAAAAACAGAAAACAAACCCAUAUUGGGGUUCAUUAAACUAGUAAUUAGUAGCUUAAUUUCCUGUUUACUCCCCUUAAAAGGGAAAACAUGAAAGCUUUGAGAUAGUGUGGUCUUCCCUGUAGAAUUGAUAAAUACACGUGCUGUGCUACAAAUAUAAAUGUUAAUUUUAGUUGAUCUUA